AGCAAAUUGCAUUGGAUGGAUGCCACACACAAACACACGCACACGCAAGCAAGCAACAGAUUGGAGCACAGCUAGAGUGGAGCACCACUCGUCGCGAAAUAAUCGGUGCUUCAGAAAAAACCAGUAAUGACCUCAUCCAUUCCCAACCACCAGCCUCAGCUCACAUCUCAAACCUUGGAUGCUUUUUGUAAUUUGCUAAGACAGACUGAUACCAAGGGCCCAGUUACGAGGCCAUCAACGGCGACGUGACAACGGGGCAACGAUUGGCUCACGCCCAUCCAAUACAAGCAAGGAUAUCUUUUUUGCAACGUCGUCGUCAGCUUGCUUUUCUCAAGCCACUUUUGGCGCUCGUACCACCAACGGUCUCAGAAGCAGCAGUGUUGGGUAUCACUCGUUGGGAUUGGAUUUUCUUUUAGUCGCCGACACCUUUGUACGCCGCAUCCUAUCAGCCCAAGCCUCGCCGCCUCGUUCGCACGACCGAUGAACAAUGGCCGAAGCCGUGACGGAAACCUCUCCGCUGCUAUCGACGGUGUCGGAGCCGACCACUACCCCGGAAUUCCCUCGUCCCAAUUCCAAGCGAACCGUCACCUUCAAUCCGAACCCUGUCACGCGAACCAUCGAGCCCGAACGACAACCUCUCCGCCGCCGCAUUUCCACAAACAUCGAUGUCGCUCGCGCAUCUGGGCAGAGGUCGCCUGGCGGCUCGGGUCCGCCCACCCCCACGAGCUCAAUAAGCACCGGUAGUCUCGCCGGUGCUCCGCCAAUGCUGGUCGCACUCAACUCUAAACUUCGCCGCCGCAACUCCCAUGGAGGUACACAGGGUUCCAUGCCGGGCUCAAACAACCUACUACCAGCCCCGGGUGGUGUGGGUCUCGUCGCCGGGGCCGGUCACCUGCCCAAGAUUGGGCCCCAGCGUAGCACCAAGAAGGCGCAGAAGCUCAAGCUGCUUCCCACGCCUGAACUUGCCGACGAUGGUGACGAUGACCAAGAUGAGGAGAGCGGACGUGAGGUCUACAGCCAGUACACGCGUAUCAAGGACCCCAAUGCCCGACGAGAUGCCGCCAGGCUAGGCAAGGCCGAUCGCGACCGUCUGCCGCGCGUCACGGCGUACUGCACCGCCAACAAAUACCAGAUGGAUGGCCUGAUGCACUGGCUGAAGGGGAGCAGGAGCAGAGCAAAGGGAGCGAACCCCAAGCUCGUGGACGAGUGCAUAUACACGCCGUACCAGUAUAAAGACACGCCACCACCGCCCCCAGGACGUGGUGCGAGGAUUCGCAGAGUUGCCAGUGCUCAGAAUGCUGCCGACGCUGCCGAGGAUGCCGCGAGGGCUGCGGUCAACGCUGAUGGCAUCCUGGGGUCUGAGGUAACCAGUGACUCACCGGAGCCGAUGUCUACCCAACAGAGGAGACACUCGACUGGUGAUGUCGAGGCCACCCCACCCCGAUUCAGCCAGGAGGACCUGAUAGAUCUGGAGCCAGAGGCUAUCUCUGAUGUGCAAGAUGGACGAAGCGAGGCACGCAUAGAGAGCCUCGGAGAAGGAGACCACGCAGAAAUAUCAAGCAGCCCGCAAGAACGUGACCACGAGCAUGGUCACGACCAUGAUCAAUCCCCCAGCUCGGCAGACCAUCGGGAUGAAAUGAUCAGCACGCACCACGAGCCCAUCAACGAGCGACCUGCCGAUUUUGAUAUCGAGGUACACACCCCGGAGGUUUUCCUCUUUGACUACGGCGUGGUGGUGAUAUGGGGCAUGACGAUGGCACAGGAGCGGAGGUUUCUCAAGGAAAUUGCCAAGUUUGAAACCGAGAAACUGGCGACCGAGGAGGUCGAGACUGAACACUUCAACUUUUACUACACCCGCGAGUAUCAGCCCAGGAUAUACAACGACUUUAUCACCCUCCGUGACAAGCACAACUACAUGACCAAGCUGGCCAUUUCACAUGCGCUGGCACAGAGUGUCAAGACGUCUCUUUUCGAGGAGCUCAUCGCCUCUACCGUCGACACGUGCAAGGACAUUCCGACGCAGAUUGCUUUGACCGGCAAGAUCAAUCUUAGCAGGACACAGAUCAACAUGCAGAUCGGCGAGCUUUUCAUUCUGAGGAUCAGUAUUCACCUCAACGGCUCCGUCCUUGACACGCCAGAGCUUUUCUGGGUCGAGCCUCAACUCGAGCCGCUGUACGCCGCUGUGCGGUCCUACCUAGAGAUGGACCAGCGAGUUGGCCUGCUAAACGAGCGACUGGACGUCAUUGCGGACUUGCUUGCUGUGCUCAAAGACCAACUGAGUCAUGGUCAUGGUGAGAAACUCGAGUGGAUUGUUAUUGUAUUGAUUGCAGCCGAAAUCCUUGUUGCUGCUGUUAACAUAGUUGUAGAUUUAUAUGCGGGCGUCGACUAGACCUAUUUGGCAUGGAAUAUCAUCAGGGCGUCCGGUCUUUUUUAGUGAACAUUUUCUUUCAUUCUCUUGUGUUACUGGGUUCUUUUUUUUCUUUUCUUCCCGUCUCUUUUGUCAUUUUCCCCCCUUUGAAUGUUCUCAUUUCUUUCAAAUUGGCGUUUGGGGCCGGAGUUUCUCCUUUACUUACAAAUCAUCCACAGCGGUUUACAUGGUCUAAUCGAAGGUUUCAUUUGUUAUUCACUAUUCACCUUUCUGGGCAUCAUAUACAAACGGGAAGUACCAGGGCUGGAAAAUUAAGGGGAGACCAAAAAUGAUAAAACACAAGGACUGCGUCUCGGAGUGCAUCCUUGCCAUCUGAAUCAGGCAUGGACGCGGCGCUUCUCUAUCAAAAAUGGCAAAGAUCAUGCAAUGAGAUACUCUGAAUAAAUAGCAGUUCUCCGAUAAUUCAAUAGCCCAUGGAUCGUUGCUGGA